CUUCGCGAUCGCCAUGAUGCUGUUGCCAAAGCUAAGAUGAAGCAUCUUUGGAUCUUCAGCAUUCUUCUUAAGUUAUGCAUUAUUCUGUGGAAUUUACAGACACGUGCUUGUUACAGGUACAACUUCGAGCGAUGUCGGAACUGCACAACUAGGAAGGAUGUUAUGUGUCACAUACAGCAGAUGCCACCGAACUGUUUCCCUGGUUACGACAAAGAUAUUUGGAAGGACGAACGAAAAUGGCCAGGAGCAGCUCGGGACAUGAGGGUUAGUGUGGACCGCCAGGAAAAUGGAAACCUGAUGGUGGCCAACUUCAAAUGGAAGCCUCCAUAUGAUUCCUCUGUGGAUGAGUUGACGGGUUUCAAGAUUCAGGUCACUGUGCAAGAGGAAGCGUCCAUGUCUCACCCUGUCUGCCUAUUUGCCAACCUCAGUGGCACAGACUGGAGUCAAAUAAGGAACAUAUUUGAUAUUGAUUUCAUCUUUAACUGUGUAGAAACAACAAAGUUGGCCAAGGUCAUGGUAUAUGUCAUCAGUGUCCCUAUGCCAAGCAGAGAGCAUAAGAGGAUUGCGAAGAAUAUUGUCAUGGUGCCAGGUUUUGCUUGGAAGCCAAAGAUACAUGUUUGGACCACACUCAACAACAAUGUGUACCAGCUCCAUCUGUGGUUCACUCCUUUGUUUCCUGGGGCAGUUUACCACAAAGUUCAGCUGCAUAGCAACCAACUAGAGAACAGCACAAACCUUGAAGCACCUUUGGGAAACUUCACCUUUGAAAAUGUGCCUUGCAAAACAAAUUAUACAGUUCAGAUCAGACCAUAUGACAAUCAAAGAGCUUUAUUUGAUCAGUAUUAUUCAUCAAAAACAGUAGCAGUUGGUGACUGUGUAGACCCUGCAGACCCCAUAAUCAGACCACCAGAGCCAGUGGCCUCUAAACUGGUCACACUCAUCAGUAUUCCAAUACUAUUGAUCAUUGUUGGAGCCAUCACUGGAAUCUUCUUCUUUAAACGAGAUUCCACUGGCUGUAAACUUAGACGACACUACAGACAGGCAGCAAAUAGUGAAACAACUCCUAAUAAUGCAGAUUGCACUAUCAUUUUACCUGUGUACUGUGAUGAGAGUCAACAACUAAGAGAUGCUAUUCACAGUUUGAAGUCACUUUUACAUUCAGUGAAAGGUUGCAAGGCCCAGUUUGCAGAGGAGAAUUUAAUGGAAGGUUUCACUAGUGAUUAUCUGAAAUCCAGUAGCUUUUAUCAGGUGGCUAUUAUAUCAAGCAAGAGUUUGAUUCAGAUUUACAAAGCCCUUCAAAAGAAUCGGUCUCAUUUCUCCCUUACCCAUUCGAAUGGAAAUAUGUCUCAUGAAAGCCAAGCUUUCUUAAACUGUGUAGCAUCUUUAGACAAUAUUCACAAUUUUGUUUCAUCAAAUGAACAGCAGAUGAAGAAACCCAUUCUUAUUUCAUUCUUUCCAAACAUUCAGAACAAACUUCUGAGUCCUGAUAUACAGAAGGAAUUUGUGUUGUCAGAUGUGGUUGAUGUUGAUGGGAACGUUCAGUGUAUCAUCAGGGAUGCAGAAAUACGUAAACUUGUUAACUAUUUGCUAGAUGAUGAUGAGACACUGCUUCUUGAAGAAUUUGGACCCUCGAUGCCAGAGGUUAUGGAUGUGUGUGAAAAACUAACAGACUUGUACAAACUGGAAAUGAGGAGUACUCCUAAUAAAAGAUUGGAAGAGUCUAUCAAAAUAUAUAUUGGGGAAGGUGAAACUCAUUCACAUCAUCACCAAGAGAUGGUGGCAAACUAUCAUAUUCCUUCACAUUUUGACAGUAGGUGUCUAGACAUGAAUCCUGCAGCAUGGCCUGUAUUGCAGUGCAAUCCAAAAGGAGCUGUAUUUGAUCCUUGUGAUAUUCAUUUUACCCAUCAACCUUGCAUAGAAAGUGCGAUUCCUCUCCCCAGAACAUACCAAGACAGUGGUUAUGUGUCUUUGGUGCAUUCAGAGCAGGAUAGAAGUUUUCUUGGGGUAGGCAAUUUAACUGAUUUUAUCCCUCCCAUGGAUUCUGAUACAGAAAGCAUCGACAAUCAGUCCCUUUGCCAGAAAAUGUUAGAGUUCAAUCAACGAAACUUGACCAAGUGGAAUGCAGCAACGAGUUAAUUUUAGGAGCAUAUUCACCUUAAUGUUUCUCUGCAUACCAGGUUUUACUUUAUAUGAAA